CUGGUCCUACACGACUAACGCAACUAGUCGAACUCCAGCGACUUUUUAUAGUUAACACAGAUGUAACGUGCAUUGGGAACCUUUACCUCCAAUAAUUACAUUACAUCCAAAAAUGAUUGUGCAGACGUAAUUUAUUCAUCAUCCAACCAGGGAGCUGAACAUCUGCACACCUGUGAGCAGCAGUAUGAUGCAGACAGGAGUCAUUCUGAGACAGGACACUGAGACAACACUACCAGAGCUCACUGAGCAGCACAGGAUCAGACUGAAAAAAGAGGAACUCGGUGGACUGGUCCACAUGGCAGAGUCAGAGACGUGUUCUGCAGCAGGACUCAACACUCUGGAGCCAGUGUGUGUUACAUUACACAGCGGGGUCAGUGAUGUACACCAUACACACACAUCACUGAUUAAAACAGAAGCUGAUCUGGGCUUCACCCACCCUGGGGACCUUAUUAAGACAGAGACACUAGACAGUGCAGAGCUGGGAUAUGUAACCCAUCUGUAUCCUGAUCAAAUCAAAACCGAGACUGGUAAUGGAGGAUACCUUAAGGCAGAACACAUCAGUGACUUGAAUAUGAAAUGUGUCCAUUUGAAAUCUGAUAAAAUGAAGUGUGAAUCCAGUGAAAGUUCAGUGAGUGAUCUCAUGAAUGCUAUGAUAAAUGGAGCUGCAGGUGAUCGCAAAGCCAAGACAGAACCAUCGCAAUGUGCAGGAGAGCCAAAUCCAAACUGUAAGAAGGAAGAAAUGCACGAUCCGCUGACCCAGUGUGGAGACUUAAAUCACCACUGUCACAUAAACGGUGAGAAUAGUCAGACCAGAAUUCUGCAGAAAGGUGGAAAUGGCAGCAACAAGUGUAUUAAUUGCCAGGGAACAAACGAGAGAACUGAAUCCAAUCCAAGACUUUGGAAUUUCUGUCAGAAGGAAGCAAUUAAUAAAAGUAAAGGUCAAAUUAAUAGUGAUGAAAAGCCAUACAGAUGUACAUGGUGUGAGAAGUGUUUUAAUUUCAAAUCUGCUUUAAAUAGACAUCUGAUAAUUCACACAGGUGAAAAACCAUACAAAUGUACUCAUUGUGGGAAGUGCUUUUCCACAAAAGGUCAUAUAAAUAUCCACCAGAGAACUCAUACACGUGAGAUGCCCUACAAUUGUAUUCUUUGUGGAAAGUGCUUUUCCUCAAAAGCUUAUUUAAAUAUCCACCAGAGAAUUCAUACAGGUGAGAAGCCCUACAAUUGUACUCUGUGUGGAAAGUGCUUUUCCUCAAAAGCUUAUUUAAAUAUCCACCAGCGAAUUCAUACAGGUGAAAAGCCCUAUACUUGUACUCUGUGUGGAAAGUGUUUUUCCAUGAAAAGUAAUUUAAAUAUCCACCAGAUAACUCAUUCAGGUAAGAAGCCUUACAAAUGUUCUACGUGUGGGAAGUGCUUUUCUGGAAAAUCAAAUUUAAAUCGGCACAAGAUGAUUCAUGCAGGUCUUUAAUGCAAGAUAUUUAUACUUCUGACUAUUCAACCAGAUGAAUAUCCCUGGGAGUAUACACAGAGUAGGAUCUGUUGAGGAAGCAUAAUUUAACUGCCACCGUGCCAUUUAACUUACCAUUCCUGCAAUAGCCCUGCAAAUGUAUUCGGUUUGGGUUGGGAGAUGUUUUUCACAAGUGUUUUUCUUGGGUACACAGCAAGGGAUGUGUUAUUUAACAAAAUCGUAUUAAUUUCUACCAACAAAUCAAUCCAUUGGAGGAUCCUUCCAUGUGUAGUACACAGUAUGGAAAGUGCUUUUUCAGAGCAAGAAAUCACCAGUAGCCUCAUUUAUAAAACUUUAUAAAAGGCAUACGCCUUCCAGUGAGCAAGAGGGAGGCUGCUCGAGCAGCAUGGAGCGACUCACUGACGGAGAGGAGCGCGGUCUCUGUCGAGUGGCCCGAUCUGAAGCCAGACUGAUGGGGGUCUAGCAGGUUGUUAGAAAAGAAAAAGAAAGUUGAGUAGAAGCGGCUCGUUCUAUGGUUUUAGAAAGAAAAGGAAGAAGAGAUACCAGGCGGUAGUUCUGGAUGAUGGAGGGAUCCAGAGUAGGCUUUUUUAGCAGCGGAGUGAUGUGGGCCCUCUUGGGGGAUGCUGGACAACAGCCAGAAGACAGGGAGGAGUUGUCAAGGGAGGUGACAAAUGGGAGAAUGUCAGGUGUGAUAGUCUGGAGAAGAGAAGAGGGAAUAGGGUCAAGGGCACAGGUUGUAGGGCGGUGGGAGAGCAGGAGGUG